AUGGAGCUGGUUGCUAAUUACGUGGACUUUUCUGCGCACAACGCUUUUGCAGCGGUCCUGCGUUGGUGUGACACAGCUGGCGCCUUCAUCUUGAAUCGAGUCAAUGACGACGCCGCUCGGCGCACACUGCUGCGGCGCUGGGAGUCCUCGGCAGUGAUGCGCUCCAUCCACGCCGAGCUCCUGGUGCGGGGCAGCGCGUGGGAGGCCACCUUCGCAGGCAACUUGUGCUCUGGAACCACUGUGACUGUCGACCCCAUCCUGACGCGCCUGGGUCGGACGAGCUACACGCUGCAGAGCAGCGUCCGAGUCCGGGAGACGGGGCAAUUACUGGCAAGAGUGGAGACGGUGAUGGUGCAGCUGGACGAAAGCCUCACCAAAUCAGUCCCGGUACCCUGCGCCUGGGCGCUGGAGCCCCUGCUGGAGACGGCCGCGCGCGCGGAGCCGCUGCCCUCCUUGGAGAGGCCGGCCGGCUGCUUCACCUGGAAGUCGCAGGUGAGGCCCUCGGAUUGCGACCUGUUGGGGCACAUGAACAACGCCAGCUACGCCGUGCUCAUGGAGGACGCCCGCCUUGCCUUCGGCGCCUUCGGCGCCUUCGGCGCCUUUGAGCCCGCGAGCUGCCUGCGCCUGGAGUUCCUGGCGCAGGGCAAGGCCUUCCAGGACCUGACGCUGGCGGUGUGGCGCCAGGGAAGGCAUCUUGGGGUGGAGAUGGAGAAUGGCUCUCUGCUUGCCCGUGGUCUCUUUGUUGAGCCGGAGACGCCGAGGCCGCGACUGUGA